AUGACAACUCAAGCUGUCGACGAUUUCGAGUACGAGGCCUUGCCCGAAAACGCCUCGCUCUCGGCCAGCUUGCUCGCCGGUGCCUUUGCUGGCAUUGCAGAGCACGCCAUCAUGUACCCGGUCGACUCGAUCAAGGGCCAGGAUCAGCGUCGGCUAUCGGGGAUCAACGGAGGACGGAGCCUCGAAGAAACGGCAUGGAUGACGUUCUGA